AUGUCCGAACAGGACGUCUUCACCGGCUACAGCCACCUCCUGCAGGGCGUCAAAUCAACCAGCGGAGAAAACAACAAACAUAUUACCCUGCAGAUGGCCAACUCCAUCGCCCUGCAAAACACCUUCCGCCUGCUGCCCGAAUACGAACGCGUAGUUCGAGAGAGCUUCGGCGCCACGCCCUUCCCCGUCGACUUUUCGCGACACGCCCACGAGGCGACAGCCUCCAUUAACGCCUGGGUCGCCCAGCAAACACACAACAAGGUAGAAAAGCUCUUCACCGAAGACCUCGACGCGGAGAGCGUCCUCGUCCUCCUCAACGCCCUCUACUUCAAGGGCGCCUGGCAGUACCGCUUCAACGCCAGCCAAACCGUGGACGCCCCCUUUCGCUAUGAACUGCCCAACGUUCAGGCGCCGGUUCCCACCAUGACACUGCGGGGAACUCUUCGCUACGCCCACUUUGACGACGGCGACCUGGUGGAGCUGCCCUACGCCGACAGUUCCCUUUCCAUGCUAAUCUACCUGCCAGACAUUCACUGGGUGAAGGACUACCAAACGAUCGCUGGACAGUUUGAGCGAUAUGGCGGACGCGCUUCAGUGAAAAUAGCCGAACGCCUUUCUGCCCUUCGAAACACUACCGUCCGCCUGCACCUCCCUCGCUUCAGCAUCACCGGCGAUUACUCGAGCUUGAAUGAGCCCUUGCAAAAUUUGGGCAUUCGAACUGCCUUCAGCAGCGCCCGCGCCGACCUCAGCCGCAUCAACGGCCACCCAAAUCUCUUCCUCUCCAAGGUGGCCCACAAGGCGGUGAUUGAG